GUCACGUUAUAUCUCCUAAUGCGAGGAGCAAGCUGUGUCGGCCAUUUUGCGAGAGAAAAAUAGCUGGGACGGUUUGAGGUCCUUCGGUUUUGUUUUAAGUCCGUAUUUUCGUCUUUAAAGAUUUUUAAAGGGCUACCUACUGCUAACGCCAAAAGGCACGGCAGAUAAGCGCCGGUAGAUUUCAUCUCCACACAGUUAUCGUCCUAAUAUCGCAUGUCCACUAUCCAGAACCUCCAAUCUUUCGAUCCCUUUGCUGAUGCAACCAAGGGUGACGACCUGCUCCCGGCCGGGACCGAGGAUUACAUCCACAUAAGGAUCCAGCAGCGGAACGGCCGCAAGACCCUGACUACCGUGCAAGGGAUAGCCAAUGACUACGACAAGAAGAAGCUUGUGAAGGCCUUCAAGAAGAAAUUUGCCUGCAAUGGCACUGUGAUUGAGCACCCGGAGUACGGGGAAGUUAUUCAGCUUCAGGGAGACCAGCGGAAAAAUAUCUGCCAGUUCUUGCUUGAGGUCGGCAUUGUCAAGGAGGAGCAGCUGAAGGUGCACGGGUUCUAAAGUGACACCGGAGCUGCCUGCACGUCAGCCCCUGUGAAGCUCUCCAAACAGUGAACAAAGUUUAGCAACAUGUCUGACAGGAUACAUAUGAUGCAUAUAAUUUUAGUCAGAUCGUUUAAUUUGAAUUAAACUAUGGCAAAUGUGUGGAUGUUUCUUUUUGGGAAUUUUUAAAUGAAUAAAACAAACCUGAAUGAUAGGCAAGAGUUGCAUGGAGAUCAGUUCUUUCCCUUACAUCUGAGUGGUAAGAGGCAUCGGCCACUUAGUUGCUUGGGUAAGGUGCUUUCUGCUCUUGGAAGACUAGUGUGAAUGUUACCGGUUGACUAGGCAUUGGGUUGGGAAUUCCUUGCUUUGACAUGGUCCGCAGUGUUUCUAUGCAAUCGAACAUCCUGCUGCUUUUUGGAGCCAUGACCCCUCUGAGUUUGUGGUCACCCUCGGUCACAUGGCAUCUGCCCUGGUUUUGGUAGUGCUGUUGGCAUGAGGUACAAAGUGUCAACCCUCUGCUGCUCUGAUGUGCAUCAGACUGAUUGCUGCCAUGGGUAUCUAAUGGACUGCAGUUGUCUUAAGACCUGUGGCUUGCAGUCAUUUUGAGAGCCUAGGUGUUCCACUCUAAGCUGUGAUGGUUUUGCACUCCUAUGUCUGGUAGUGAACAUUAGGGUAGUCUGCUAUGGCAGCUGCUUGGUCUCUGCCUGACUUGAAAUUGCCCUCCCCUCCCUUAAGUUCUGUAAGUGUGGGGUUGUCCCUGUAAGCUUUGAACUGUCGGUCACAUGGCUACACAUGAGUCAGUUGGCAGGAAGUUCUCACCCUUUUUUGGUAUACCUGGACCUGUGUCUGAGCCAAUCAGUCAUGGUGGGUAAGGAUUGAAUUUCCUUACUCGCUUCCACCUCAGGCUUCCAACACUUGGUUUUGGUCCCUCAAAUAACUAGCUAACUCCUGUAAUGUUUAAUGACACGUCAGGUAUUAGUUUUAUAGGCAUAUUGGGAGCUUGGGAUGUGCAAGUGAAUUACAUAUCAAUCCAUAAAUAAUGGGGGCGCUGAUCACUUGUGCUUCCAUUUACACUGUGAAGGAUUGGGUGACAGCUCUGAGAAAGUGAGGGGACACUUCUAAGGUGACUAAACGUGUUUAUAGAUUCCUGAUCACAUAUCAGUAUCCAAUUAGUGUCAUCCUGGUCCACAUGAAGUGAACCACUGCAGGUUUGACCCUAGGGUUGUUUUUUGUUGAGUAAUUUCUCAGUGACCCCUGAUCUAAUCCCCCCCGUAUCCCAAACAAUUCAUUUAGUGCUCUUGGAGCCCCCGGUUUUCAUUAAACACAUUCUAAAAUUAACUUGUAUGCUGCUAGACCCCACUUACCAAAAAGGAUGGUUAUUUGUUUGUGAAACUCAUUUUCAUGGGUGAAAGUCGUUCCAUGCACCCCGUUUACCAGGAAAAACUUGAUAGAUCCUAUCAUGUACGCUACUCUCAACGUUGCUGCUAAUUUGGGCCAAGAUGAACUUUAUGUGUAGCAGUUUUUGAUAUGUCUGUUAUGCAACCCAAAAUUUGGAGAUCACGUAAUUGAUCCUUAAUGGCUUUGAAGGCUCUAUAGGAAGGGUUACAGCUGGAAAGAUGACGCAGUGUGUGGGUGUUGUGAGAACUUCACAUAAGUAAAAGUGUUAAGGACAUUUCAGGAAAUCAGGUUUUUUUUUUUUUCUUUUGGACCCCAAGACAUCUUUAAGUAGAACAAAGUUUUGUUUUCAAGCUGUUUGAAAUUACCAUUUGAAUGAUAAUUGAAAUGGCCACUGUACAAAUUUGAUGAUUAUUUCAUGUUUGUUUCUUGAAAUCAAAUUUGAAUUUGGGAGCCUGAGACUCAAAAUGUUCCGGACCCCAUUUUUUUGCCAAAAUAUCUGUAAAAGAUUGUUUUUAUCAGAAGUCGGUCAGCAUGCGAUAUUCGUCCUCCAGUCCAUUGAUGCUUCCUGUUUUCAGAAAAGUUCAAUACCACCACCCCUCUCAGACCUACAAGAAAUUUGUCAGCAUCAAACCAAAUCAAACUUGUUUACUGCAGACUUUUUCCCUUGUUUCAUCUGCCCUUUACUCUUCAAUUCUGACUAACAACAGUUCAAAUGUUUACAUGGUACCUCCAGCAAUAAAACAAAUGAGAGCCAUCCGUCUAGUACAGUUCAGAUAAUUGUUGCUAAACUUUCUCCUUUUUUCUAACUUGUGUUUGUGAAUAUCAAACAUCUGGAGUGGUGGUGUGUGUCUGUAUGUGUGUGUGAAUUCCUGCAUGCCUAGGUGAGGAGAGUAUUCAGUUUUUUUCCUUCAUUUUAUUGUCCUGAAUGUUUUUUUUUCCCCUCUCCGUAGAGUUUGUGUGAAUUUGUUUAAACCUUUCAAUAAAUUCAGGCAAUAACUGUGA